UAUUUGUAAGUUUAUUCAAACAGUGUCAAAGAAAUUGACUUCAUACUGACAAAGUCAUCAACACAGCCAAAUAUUAACAUGAUUAUGUUUUUUUUUUGUUAUUAUUAAACACAACUGGGUUACAAUUUUUGACCCAAUGUUUGUUUAAAACUGUCAACUUACCUUAUAUUUGAAGUAAUAAACCAUCAAUUUUUCUGGUUUAAUGUAGCUAACACAAGGUCAGGCUAACCCUUCUGCAAAUAAAAGGCUAUUUCUCCACUUUUAAUUUCACUGUGGGAUGAAAAAAGCCUUUUUGAAUUCGUAAACAAAUUUGUCUUUUGUUGUGCGUUAACGUUAUCCACACAACCGGCUGACAUUGACUUUGCUAUAUUUAAUUUGACAAUUUUACCAAAAACCAAGUUCCAACUUUUGACAGCAAAUUUUAUUAAAACAUGCUAGCAUCUAUCCUGACAACAUAAACCCAGGUUUUGGAUUAAAAUAAACAAAAAAUAAAUAACCCAGCUGUUAUUUUACUGCAAAUUAUUCCCCCCUUUGGUCAAAGUGUGAAUGCUAACGAUAGCUAGCAUUUGUACUUACCAACAUCUUAGCAGGAAAACUGUUAUCGUCUCUCGUAGCGAUGAAACCCGUUUUGUUAACUGUUAGCUAAAGUUCUUAGCAAAACCAUCUGACAUUAAGAUCAUUACAGAGCAUCAUUUGACUAUUUUCCCAAGACUGGGUGCGAUUUCUGAUCCAAUAUGUGGGUCAGACUAGCUUACCCAGUUUCUAGAAACAUUUGCUCAAAGUCUGGGUAAAAAGCAACCAACACAUUUGUGUAGGCUAAAGUGAGGUACAACUUGUCAUCUUUGUUAAAACUGACAACUUUCUCCAGAUAGCCAAUAGCACAAUUCCUGAGUUACAACACAUUUACAACUUAAUGAUUAAAGGUUAGAGGAUGUAAAGCAGUCGAGCCCCGCCUCCUAGCUGCCACUUCUUCAUAUGCUUACCCCACGCUCCAAGCACAUAUAUCAUCCCCAUCCUGCUGCCUCGCAGACCUCGUCCAGCUGUGGAUCCUGGCUUGACAGCACGUUUAAAAAAGGAGCAGCAACUCAAGUCUGAAAAAAUAUGAUCCACUGGAUUGCUUUGCUGAUUUCCUUCUGCUGCUGCUGCUGCUUGAAUGGAGCUGCAGCAGAAAUCCCUCAACUGGAGAGAAUCAAGAGAUGUCAGACCAGGUGUUCUCAGGGACUCAGCUGCAGGACCCGUCCAGAUUAUUGGUUCGCGCCUGCGUGUCACGACCCAGCUGAGGGCCUCAACAUCACCAGCCUGAUCCACAACGUGAACAUCUCCACGGUCAUGAAGUGUGAGGACAAGCAAAAGUGCAGACUCCACCUGAAAAUCCACACGGUUGUGCAGCUUAUGGAUCCAGACUCCGUCAGUGGCGUUUCCAUUUGCACCAGCAGCGCUGGGAUGAUGGCAAAAUGCCAUAUCGUGCAAUUCACCAAAGCAUCGAGGAGAUCAAUGUCUGGACUGCCGGUGACAGUUGAGAAUGAUUACACUGAAGUGUUUCCAAGCCAGCACCUAGAAGUAACGGUGAAAACAGUCCCGAGUUACUGUGGCAUAACUUGGACUAGCAAGUACCAUACCCCUGAAUGCUCGCAUGAAGAUUUGAGAAAAAAUGUUCCUGAAUGCAUCACUGGCAAGCUGUCUUACACUGCAAACCCAGAAAAGAAGGAGCUGGCAGUCAGUGUGUCGGACAUGCUUCAAGGUUACGACUACCAUCUCCGUCUCUGCCUCAGGGAUUUCAUCUGCUCUGGCACGGGAGCUUACACCCUGAUAAAAAAGGGGCAACUCCUCAAGACAGCCGUCCUUCAGUAUUCCAGACCUUUGCCUUGCCUUUGUAUUGAGGGCUGGUCAGCUUUUAUGGAUGCCCCGAGAGUCCAGGUCUGCCCAUUCAGAAACCGUCUUGACGAACUGUGGUUUGGAAUCACCUUUGAUCCACUGGAGGAGGCAUUGAUAUGGGAACCAGCUUGUCCCGUCGCAGCUGUGGCUGGUUUAUGUGAGAAACGAGAGGACGGCGUCUGUGUGGAUCUGCCCGAUUCAUCACAGAAUGUCAGCAGACAUAAGAUCACAUUUGCUAAAGUGGAUCCCCACCCUCAACUGUGCAUGAAGUUUACGGUAGGCUCUCAGUCCUGGAUCCGAUGCCCUUUUGCUGACGGCAUCAAAGUCUGGGACGUGAUUGUGUCGAGCCAACACGGUUAUGAAGAACUGCAGAUUUUGUCACGAGUUACGGCGAAGUUCUCCGUGGGACCGUGGGGGACGUCUGCAGAAUCACCAGCAGACCCGACGACCUACAUGAUACUUGUAGACGUCGAAAAACAGAAACCUGUUGAAUUACAGCUACGGGGAAAAGAGUGCAACUUUUGUCAACAGGUGAAGAGGGUUGACGUGAAGUAUGCCGCCACAGUCGUUCACUGCACCAAGAGCUGCAUGUCCAAAUCGUCUUCCCCGGCUCCUCCUUACGACUUGACGCAGAUUAUUCUACCAGCUGCCGCUUGCCUCUCUGGCAUCAUCAUCAUCACUCUGGUGUUCUGGUUACUGCUUCGAGUGUAUCGCAGCAGAAAAGGAAACGCAGCCGUCUGCCUCUCCGAAAAAACAGGCGCCGACGUGUUUGAUGUGCAGACUCAGCUCCCGGUCAGUCGGAAGGUCCUCAAAACCAGCGAAACGGAAAGCGGAAACAACGAGAAGGCCAACUUACUCUUGAACUGACCCUGGAACGGCGCUUGGGUCUGAAGCACCGGUUGCACUGUGCAGUAUAACAGAUGUUACAAAAACGCCAAAGUUCUCCAUUGAAUCCAUUUGUGUUCCUUCUUCCAACAUUUCACGUUUUUCACUGUAAAUAGGCUCGGUAGCUUGCUUGUUGUCGCUCACUGCUGUUUUAUACUCUGACAUAUCUGUCUUUGUGCUCCGCUGUUUGUUUUAGUGAAAAUGAACUGAACGCCAAUGUCUUAAGUUAAAACUGUCAAGAAGAAAUGCAUUUUUUUUUGUCCUUAUUUAAGAGUUUAUUUUCAAUAAAAUGUAAAAAUGCAU